CUUGAACAUCAUCCACCGACUCUUGGAUUUCCUCUUCUGCUAAUUCUUGGAUACCCUCCUCGUCCGAUUUAUCAGCAGAGACCUCGUUCGAGCUUGAAUCUUCAGUGCUUUUUUCGUUUAAAGUGGCUACUAGUACCUGCAAGGUACGGGUAAUGUUUUUUUUUUUUUUAAAAAAACGCCUUUUUCAUGUAGCCAUAGCAGAGGGUCGAGAUGAAGACGCCUGACCAAUUAACUCUGCAUUGAUACUUGCGAUGCUUGUAAAACUGUUGUUAGUUUUGAUUGCGUCAAACAUCUCUCCAGCUACCUCUCUUAACCUGAGUUUUUUGAGAAGCAAGUAUGUCCUCUGUUGUAAACGUUUCUCCUCCAAUCUCUGUUCUUGGUGUUCUAACAAUAGAUGGGUGGGACCAGAGACAGAAAGAAUUCCGCAACCUGUACCAGACCCAAACAAUCGGGGACAUUUCAGGACUCCGGAUGAUUAUCUCCCAAGAAAAUGUUUGAAGGACUUGUAUGAGGAACAUCCCGUCAGUAUCAUAAACGAUGGAAAUACUAUCAAGAGCUUCUGUUUUCAAAAAACAAUGUUGAUGAGAAGCAUGUUAUUACAUACAUUAAUCAUCUUAAAGUUAUUGAUAUCAGAAAAGACAUUAGAUCAAGAGAAGCUGAAGAAAGAAAGAGGCAAGAGGAGGAAGGGAAAUACAAGGACUUCAAAUGGGACACUCUUAUUUAGAGUGGCAAGAUCGAAAAGUUAA